GGCUCUUUCUCAUACUUGUUGUUACAAGCAAGAUUACUGGGAUCACUGUAACUGAAAAAAUAAGGGGAAGGAGCGUUUUGCCUCAGGCUAGGAUUUUGAAAGAUCUCAUUUAUUUUGCACGUCAGCAUUUAUGUGUUAGUACAUGGUCAGUGCCUCUGCUAGUUGUUUAAGAGAAACUUGAACUUGGAAGUCUCCACAUUUCUGUUGUCAUGACAUUAUUUUCCUCCUUAACCCCAGUCUUCAUAGCAAUUAUAUGUGUUUUGAUUGGGGUAAUACUGAAGAAGACUAAAAGAGAGAAGGAAAGAGGUGACACUGGAAGUAAGCCCAUACCUCGUCCAUGGGUGGAUGAAGAUCUAAGAGAUGGCACUGAUCACCACUUAGUGGAAGAAGAGGUUGAUGAAGAGUGGCAAGGACUUGAUGAAAAUGUUGCCCAUGUGCCCUUCAUUGCAGAGCGUUACUCUGAGGCUGAAAUGAUUAAAAGGUCACGGUCAUUUUACGAGCUUCUUCAUAAGAGGCGGUCUGUCAGGUUUCUCAGUGAUGAGCCAGUCCCCAGGGAGGUUAUUGAUAAUGUCAUCAGAACGGCAGGUACUUCACCCAGUGGAGCGCACACUGAGCCCUGGACGUUUGUGGUGGUGCAAGAUCCAGAUUUAAAACAUAAGAUUCGGGAGAUUGUAGAAGAAGAAGAAGAAAUAAACUACAAAAAAAGGAUGGGAGAUAGAUGGGUCAAUGACCUGAAGAGAUUAAGAACAAACUGGAUCAAAGAAUACUUGGACACUGCCCCCUAUCUCAUCCUUAUUUUCAAGCAGGUGUAUGGAAGGCUUCCAAAUGGCAAAAAGAAGACCCACUACUACAAUGAAAUCAGUGUAUCUAUUGCCUGUGGUAUGCUGCUUGCUGCCCUGCAGAAUGCCGGUCUGUACACGGUGACCACCACACCCCUGAACUGUGGUCCCCAGCUGCGGGCGCUGCUCCAGCGCCCAGCCAAUGAGAAGUUGCUCUUGCUGCUCCCUGUGGGCUAUCCCAAGAAAGAUGCCACUGUGCCUGCACUGACUCGAAAGCCAUUAGAAGACAUCAUGGUGGUCAUGUGAACCCAGGGCCAUGAAGAGAGAGCACAACUUACUGCCUGCUAGGAAGCAGCAGCCCAUUGAAGUUGUUGAUGCUUUUCCUGUGUAUUACGCCCAGCUUUAAUGCUCACAUAUUACUGCUGCUCUGGCUGUUUACACUCAUGCACCUUUUAGUGCUAGUAACCACGGUGCCUGCUUCUACUAACAGCAGCAAGUAGUCAUGCAUGGUGCAUUUAACAGGUACUAUUACCAAUGAACCUGAGCAGUUGUUCCAAGAGACAAGUACAGUAACAUUCAAAUGACCUUCAUCACUUGAUUUUUCUUAUGUAUUGUAGGGACUGAUCUUUCCUUGAACAAUAACACAUAUUUUCCUUA